AACGUUUGGUCAUUUGUAUCUCCAUCAAUUAUGUCUUCGACAGAGCAGCCUCUAAAGAAGCGAAAGCUCUACGAAUCUUCACCACCACCACCUCUUCCGUCACAACCACCACCACAACCACCACCUCCUCCACCGCAAGAAUCUGCACCACCACCACCGCCGCAAACUCCGCCACAAUUACCGCACGAAGAAAUUCAGCGAAGGCGGCGUAACCAGGAAGAAAUUCGCAAUGUAUACGAGAAUUACAAGACCAUUAAACGUUGCAUCUUCUUGGGCAGUGAUCCUCGUCAUAUGUCGGAGCUUGAGCAAUCUUAUCUAUCUCUCAUCUCCGCUUCUCGAGGUUGUGCAAGUGUUCAGCGUAUUUUAUCUGAGUUCAUCCCUCGGUACAGAUCAUACUGUCCUACAGCUCUUGAAGCUGCUGCACAAGUUGUAAUUAAUAUGCAUAAUUGGAGUGUGCCUGUGAUAAGCAGAGGGGAGGAUGUUGAUGGAGUUUCUUUCGAGACUGCUAAAAAUUGUGUUACUGGCUUGGUUGAUAUAUGCUGUACAGCCUCAGUAGAGGCACCUUCAUCAUCAGUUAUCCGAGGAAUCUGCUCUGCUGUGUUCCUCAAUGCUGCUGCAUUCUUUGCAUCAUCAGUCGAUGGCAAAGAUAUUUUUCAAAUUAUAGAUAAAGAUGGCCUUAAGAUGCAAGGUUCUGGUGAAAUUUUUAUUCAGUUAAAGCAGAGCAUUUUAGAAGAAGAAAUAUCUCCAUUACUUAAAUUAUUGAAGUUAAAAGCUUUAUGUCUUCUUAGGAUCUUCUUUCUUUGCCCUAAAGACUUAAUUGCUGCUUGCUUUGAGCUCUUCAGCACUCAUGCAGCAGAUGGAUUUUGUAGAGAAGGAAAGUACAUUCUUGCUCAGCUGUGUUGUGUACUCAAUAUUGAUGAUGGCCUUAAUUCCACUAAUGUGAAUGACGAAGGUGGUGAGCCUGAAGCUAGCACCGAUUGUAAAGGAUCAGAUGCUCUUAAAGAGGAUGGUGAAGGGGCAGAGUCUGUUGGUGAUCAAAAAAGCUGUUUGCUAGGACUGGUGCUUCACGGAGAUCCUUCCUUGAAGAAGUGGAUAUUUUCUAGGUACCGGAAGUUUCAGAAAUCAGCAUCUUCUGAAGCUGUGUCUCAGGUCACUGGUGCUUUUCAGGAUAUAUUUGAAUCUUUUACUGAACAAGUCCAAGAAUUUGUAGAAGAUAGUGAUGACGAAGGUUCAGAAUCAUCCAAAUACGUUAACAGGCAGUAUCUGGUCCAUGGGAUCUCUAGUCAACGUGGGGUUCUUUGUGAAGCAUCUGGAAAAGAUUCUUCUUUGCAAAUUCAUGAUAAGUCCUACAAGGAUGAGUUGGCUAAUAAACUUUCAGGGCAGAUUUUGAGACGACAUAGCUCCAUGGGUUCACUUGAAAGUGAUCACCACUCGAACACUAGCUCUAAUUAUGAUAGUGGAGGGUCCAAGUGUAGGGAAAUUGGCAGCAAGGAGCAGGGAGAUAAGUGCCAUGGUUGGUUGCCCAUGGCUAAGGACAACCAUGGUGACCAGUUACUCUCACCGCUGUCAGGAAAACCAUCUCACAUUAAGAUGGAAUGUUUUGAACAGCGGGAUCAGGCAGCGCGACAUGAGAAAAAUCAACCUAUGAAUGUAGAUGCCUUGAGAUUCUCUAGUAGUCUGGGAGUUAAUGCUGUUUACGGAAGCAAUACUGCCGUACCUUACCCAUCUGCAUCAAGCCAUAUCAUUUGGUUUUCAGAUGGGGACCCUGCUGCGAUGGAUGUGUUUUCUGCUUCUAGACAGCUCUGGUUGGGUUCUCUCACCCCUGAUACAUCUGAGGCUGCAGUAAGAUUUGAGCUUGAGAAAUUUGGUCCUAUAGACAGUUUCUCAUUUUUUGCAGUCAAAGGAUUUGCUCUGGUAGAGUAUAGCAGUCUUAUUGAUGCCAUUAACGCUCGGAAAUUCAUGCGAAGAUAUUCUCCCUGGGGUUACCAGGUUCGUGUCAAAUUCAUCGAUAUUGGGUUGGGAACAAGAGGAGCUGUCAAUGGUGUGGCCGUUGGCUCCAGUUGCCAUGUGUUUGUGGGGAAUGUGUUGAAUCCAUGGACGAAAGAUGAGAUUAUAAAUGAAACAAUGAAGGCCAUUUGUAGAGGGCCUCGUCAGGUUACUGAAUUAACCAGUGAAGCUGCUUUAAUUAUGGAGUUUGAUACUCCUGAAGAAGCUGCGAACGCGAUGGCAUGUGUAAGGCAGUUCCGCAGAGGAACGGCCUGUUUUCCGGCAGCUGGUGCUGGAAUUGACAUGUCAAGACCUUGUUCUGGUUUUUGGAAUGUUGGUCCUGCUCCUAUCAGCAGUUCCUUCGGGAUGUGCAACACCUCACUUGGUUCCCCUCAUGGUCAUACAGUUGGGAGCCCAUCUAACAGGAUGCAUAAUGCUAGUGUGCCUUUUACGAUGAAUCCUGAAGGCAUCCGUCCCGAAUUUUUAUCGCCUAAAGCAGGUUUUGAGAAGCAGGGAUUGACUUUACGAAGUGGACAAGGCUCACAAUUAAAUAUGGCGGCUUCUGGUUGCAUUGAUACACGGGGUGUAGGGAGCAACCAAGGUUAUGCGCCUUGUAUGUCGGGACAGAUGUGGUUAUAUGGGAGACCUGAGGUUGAAUUGCAACCUGCUGGAGGAAGUGUCACUUGCACACCUGUAGCAACCCAAGGACCUACAAAUGCAACACUUCAGCCUAUUCAGACUCAACCUUACAUGCAACCUGUUUAUCCACCACCUACCAGUUUGUGGGAUGCACAGGGUUUGAGCCAUCACAUGCCUCUAAAUGCAAUUUCUGCAAAUGUUUUACCUACUAAUGUACAUAAUAAUUCCAUUCUCCCACCUUUUGCUCAAGCUUCUCUGACCCCAUUGUCACAGAUAUCAGGAAGUGGUAUUCACCCAUAUAAUCAAAUGGUUCCCCAGCCAAUUACACCGCCUAUUUUACCAUCAAUGCCACCACCUCAACCUGAAAUACCGCCUCCAUUACCUAUGGUUCCUCCUCCUCCCUGUUCUCCUCCGCCACCUCCACCACCGCCUACAAUGAACCCACCCCCACCUGCUACUGAACCUUCCGACAUGAUUAGUGGAGUAGGCAGUAUGCCAAUUCAGUGGCAGGGUACAUUAUCAAAAAGUGGAGUUCAUUACUGUAAUAUUUACGCACAUAGAGUUGAUUCAGAUCUUUGUAAAUAUACAAUCUCUAUGUCAGAGCCUUCUGGGUGGCCAGCAAAAUUGGACAUGACAAAACGCACAGAUUUUCGUCAUGUUAAGGCUACAUUUACCAACACCCCAUCAUCUAGAAGGGAGGUAUGCCUGCUUGUCCCAUCUUCGGCUGCUGAUAAAAAAGGAUUUCAGGACUUCAUCUCGUAUCUGAAGCAGAGAGGAUGUGCUGGAGUUAUUAAGAUCCCAGCCUCUAAAGCUAUGUGGGCUAGACUGCUUUUCAUUCUUCCCUGCUCACCAGAGGCUUGUUCAAUGCUUUCUAUAAAGUCAAGCGCCUCUGAUUGCCUUUUCACUGUGGUUUUGCCGAAGGAAGCAAAUUUGGAAUGUGCGUAGUUUGUUAGGUUUGGGGCUUGUUUGGAAGACCUUUGGAGAGCAUGUAUGUUAAGAGGAAAUGAUGUUGCACUGGUUGUGCGUGUGAAUAUAAAGGGAGUGAGAAGCUUGAUCACUUAGAUCACAGUCACCAACCAUUUAGCAAAUUUGCUGCUAUUGAUGUAAGUCCAGUAUAUGGAGCUGAGCUUUAGUUGAAUCUAAGUUUGGAAGCUUAAGUAGCAGCAGAUAUGUCCCUCAAUUAUUGCACAGUAAUCAGAUAAAGAGGCCGAGCAGAAAUAUGAGUUGCCUUUGAACUGUUGAAUAGUUCCUACAAUGAGGGUACUGUCAAAGUUGAAUAAGGUUCAUUAUGUUAGGCAACAUGGACUGCAUUUAUUCGCAAAGAUUACUGUAGUAGUAUGUAAAUUUUUGUUAGCACCGCCACAGUUUAGCAUCAGCGACCAUGCAACCCUCCGCAGGUUAGUUCUCCUACGCAAAUGUAAAUUGCUUUGUCUUGUGGUUAUAACUUGACAAGUUCUUAAGAUUCAAAUGUAUCGAGUCGAUUGGCAUAUAUUUGUGCUUUAGUUACAAUUUGAAUAUAGGUGCGGGUUGUAGCCAAGGAGAAGGCAUCGGUCUCGUGGGCAAGAUUGCGUUUGAGAAACAACUUGCCUCGUCGCCUGGACAAGAUUUUGUAUAUGAGUAAAUACAUCCAACGACUUCUUAUUUAUCUUCUGUUUUGAGUAACACUGCGAACUUGAGGCUCCCAGCUGCGCUGAAGAACAUUGCAGCGGUAUAAAUUGCUUCAGGCAGCUUGAUUGCUCUUCAACGUGUAUGAUUACAUAGAAAGUGUCGCAUCUCUUGUAUGAAUGCUAUAUUGAGGUGACCACCAUUAGUUCUGAUUCCUCAACAUGUAACGAGUUGUUAUAAUCUUGGGGUUUCUGUGAAAACGUGAUCUCAAUACUUCCAUUGAAGAAAAGAACAUAAACAUGGAUAGGGAUGAUGUUUUAGAAAUUAUCAAGUUAUAAUUUUGGUGUAAUAUUUCCUUCGUUUUAAAAUAUAGUUUUUGAUUCUAUUUUUUUUUGGAUAGAAAAGUAGUAGUAGAAUUUUAGAGGAAAGCAAAGACUUUUUGUUUAUUUACAGACACAAUCAAAAUGGAAACAAUGAACUAUAUUUUGAGACGGGGGAGUAUAAAGCUAGGAUUAUCUUACUAAGACGGAAUUUUCGUGGAUUAAAUAAGUUUAUUAUAAGUAUUUGUUCACAUCA